GGUUCUAGAGCAAUUUUAGCAGCAAGAUCCGAAGUAUUUGAUAGAUUACUUUAUAAUGGGAUGAAAGAAAGUUAUGAAAAUAAAAUUUCUUUUCCAAAGAUCAAUUCUUGUGGAAUGGAAAUUAUAUUAGAAUACAUUUAUACGGGGUCAAUUAAAAAUGAAUCUUUAACAAAGGAUAAUAUAAUUGAAGCUUUUUAUGCUGCUGACUAUUUUCAAUUACCAGACCUUCAGGAUUUUAUUGUGAAAAAUUUUAAAAAUACACUAGAAAAAAAUAACAAUAGAAAUUAUUCACCGGAACUACUGUCUAAAUUUGCGGGGAAAAUGCCAUUAACGGAAGACAAUAUUCUCUUAUGUUCGUUAGUUGAAGCAGUUGCUACUAUUCCACUAAAUACCAUUGAAUUCGGUCGAUUGUCUAUUACAGGCUUUCAAUAUCUUUUGUCUUGUACAUAUGAAAAAGAAAAGCCUUUUGCAACUCCAGAAUACGAAGUUUUCCGAUAUAGUGCUAUCCUUGCGGCAAAACAAGUUUCUAAUGAUACAUAUAAAACUCUUAUGGAACGAUUACCAACUCUAAAACAAAUAGAACAAAUGGAAAACUCUGUACGAGUAGAAAAUAAAUUUAUUCCUGAUCAUAAAAAAGUUGCUAAAGAAUUGGAGCUUUUAGUUGAAUUUAUUAAUUUCAGACGAAUCCAAGGUCAAGUAUUAGUUGAUAUCAUCGAGCCACUAGAAAUUGUCCCGGCUAAAAUCAUUUUAAAUAUUUAUCGACAUAAUACAAAAUCAAUUAAUUCCGAUAUAAACCAUUUUCGAGGAAUAUCCAUAAAUAAUUGUACCAAUUAUGUUUGGGAUGAGUCAGCAUGUGGACCAGAACUUAUUAUUGAGGAUAAUGGAAAAGUUGUAUACGCACCAAAUGGUCAAUGGAGAAGUGUUAGAGCUAAAAUGUUAUUAGAAAAUAUUGGUAUUUAUGAAUGGGAUGUUAUUAUUGAGAAAGUUUGUACAUGGUCUUGGGUUGGAGUAUGUGCAUCAGAAAAUUUUAACUAUGGAGAAGUUGCAGGAACGCAAUUUUCUGGAUGGGUAUUAGGUUCCAAUGGUUCUUGUUGUAAUCCUGGAAAUAGUUUAAACAAUUAUUGUCCGCCAUUUCAUUAUGAUGGUGCAAAAAUUACUGUUCAUUUAGAUAUUAAUAGAAGAACUUGUUCCUUUACAGUCAAUGGUACAAAAUAUUCGGAAGUAUCAGCAUGGAAUAAUUUACCAUCAAAGCUUUAUCCAGUAGUAUCAUUAAAAUACCCUGGUCGAUUUCGUGAUGAAUUUGAUUGUAAAAAAUCAUUUGAUGUUAUUUUACAUAUAUAA